AUGGAUCCGCCAGCACUGAAUGAGGGGAGUGGAUGGCUAGAUCUCAACAAAGAUUACUACGAUAAUAUCCAUCCGAACGACAUUGGAUACCCUAAGAUGGCUGUGGUGUGGUAUCAGGCUAUUUCAACGGCCUUUAUGGAUACCUUGCUCAAGAAACCUGGUGGCUCCUAUGUGGUAACACCCGGUAGCGAUGGUCUUCAAUGCGACAAACAGUAUGGUGAUGGAGUCUACGCCGGCGGUCUCACGCAACGGGGCAGCGGUGAAGAUGACGGGAUUUACCGCCAUGACAGCGCCUCCAUGGGGAUAGUACUUACGGUGGAAAGCGACUAUGACCGGAACCAAUGGUUCUUCGUGCGGCUCUUUGCCAGGGAGCGCGAUGACUUUGUUGGCUGGUAUGAGCGAAAUGAUGGGUCACAGUGGUAUGGAGUAUGGCGCAACACGGGGGAUGAAGCCAAUCUUUUCACCAAGAUUGCGGACAUGAACGUCUCCAUCGCCUGCAUUCCCCGAGGAGUGAACUUUAUUGACAUCAAUGCCGACGGACUGGAUGACUUUGUCUGCAUUGGCCCGGGUGGUGAUGCUUACCCGAGUAUCAAUCAGGGGGACGGUGAUAUUGGCAGCGGCAAACCGCCCUCGUUCAAAGAUAUUGGUCAAAUCAAGGACGCCGUCAGUGGCUAUCCGCAAGCACAAGUCCGAUUGGGAGAUGUCGAUGGUGAUGGUCGUGCCGAUUACUGUGUCUUUGACGCGGCUGGUGAUAUGACCUGCUGGCGCAAUGGCUGGAUAGAGGAUAAGCCCGCGUACUGGCAGGGACUCGGCCAACGGUUUUCAGGCAAGAAUAUGGGAAACCUAACCAGUGUGAGAUUGGAAGACAUUCACAGUGAUGGCCGCGAUGACUGGGUGUGGAUAGGCGACACGGGCGAAGCCUACAUGAGCUGCCAGCACGGAACUGAUGGUGACGGUUUGAACAUCGCUUGGCGGCAGGGUUUCUGGCAGGGUACCAAUUCUGGACCAACUUACAAUGGAAUGAGCGUCGACGGCGUCCGGGAGCGGAUUCACUUUGCCAGGGUAUAUGGUGAACCCGAAGACUUCGGCCUCCUUGGCCGUCAAGAUUAUGUGUACCUUGAACACAGCAAAGACGGCGAUCGCCACAAGUUUGCCAUUGUGGUCGAUGGCGGGCCAUCCUUCUGGGACUCAUCGGAAGUUAUCUUUGAUCUGUCAACAUUCGGCCGGAUGCUGGACCGUUGGGACCUGCAUCUUGCUGACUGGGAUGGGGAUGGAGCCUGCGAUAUCAUCUGGGUUGAUCCAGACAAUCAAAAUCGCGUCCAACUGUGGAGGAAUACAUACAAAGAGACCGGGACGUGGAACUGGGACAAUAACGCAAACCCAGCACCCGAUCUCUACUGUCCCGAGAAACGGGGCAUCGGCAUCUUUGAUCUCCCUGUCCAGUUUGCGGAUAUCUCGGGCAAUGGCAAGGCAGAUUACCUGUGCAUUGAGAAAGAUGGCCGAACUUGGGGUUGGGUUCACAAUGAUGCCAAUGGGUGGGAUUAUAUCGAUCAGUUCAAAUACUCCGAACAGAAGGACCAUGCAAAUUUGCGAUGGGCUGACGUCAAUGGCGACUGA